UUCGUUCCGUUUGGCAAGAAACAAAUCUAGAUGGUUAAUAACGGAGGACUUUUCAAAUUUCGCGACGUUGCCACAUCUUUAAUUAUAGCUGUUUGGAGAGCGCCAAUUAUUGAAAAAUCAACAAAUCAUUGCCAACAAUUUUUAAAUUAAUAACAAUAAUAUGCAAAUCAUAAUUACUCAUCUAAAUGUGUACUGUUUGAUAAAGAGCUAAUAGUGCAAAUUGGCUAAGCGAGAAGCUGCAUUUUGGCCCACAUGGGAAGCAACAAGUUUAUCCGAUUAUUUUGCUCCGCUCGUCGAUUGCUAUUGCAACAACACCAACAACAACUACAACUGGGGGCUAAAGUGCUUAAAGAUCGUUUAACGCAGCGCAAUUUCAGCAAUAUUAAAAUGCUAAAAUAUCUAAAUCAAGCUGAAGCUAUUAAGGUAGACCAAAUACUAUUUAAUGAGUACAAAUUUAGUGUGGAUCAAUUGAUGGAAUUGGCCGGCCUAAGUUGUGCUCAUGCGGUGGCCAAAUGUUUUCCCUCACCUUGCCAAGGCAACGACGACAAGGCUGGAAAACUCCGGGUCUUGGUCUGCUGUGGUCCCGGCAAUAAUGGUGGCGAUGGUCUUGUCUGUGCCCGUCAUUUAGCCCUAAUGGGCUAUGAGCCAACAAUAUAUUAUCCAAAACCGACUGCAAAACCAUUGUACGAGAAUUUGCAUCACCAGUGCGAGCUGAUGGAGAUAUCUACAAUAUCUCAAUGUCCCAGUGUUGAGGAGGCUGCUCACUCGUAUCAUCUUAUUGUGGAUGCUUUGUUUGGCUUUAGUUUUAAGCCGCCAGUAAGAUCUGAUUUCUUGUCUGUGAUGGAGUUGAUGCAACAAACGAAAAUACCCAUAGCCAGUAUUGACAUACCAAGUGGCUGGGAUGUAGAGAAGGGUAAACUAAACGAUUGUGAACUGGAGCCCAAAUUGCUGAUCUCUCUUACUGCACCCAAGCUGUGUGCCAAACACUUUAAGGGCCAAUAUCAUUAUUUAGGCGGACGAUUUGUACCCCCAGCCCUACAACGUCAAUAUGAAUUAAAUUUACCAAAUUAUCCUGGUACAGAGCUUUGCGUGAAAUUGUCAUAAAACAAAAUUGAUCAAUCAAUAUACAUAUGUAUAAAGUAGGAUGCGAGCGAAUUCAUUGAUGAA